AUGUUCCGUCCCGGAUGCGGCCCCACGCCCCCAUGUUCCCAAGCCCGCUUGUAUGUGUCGACUCCCGGCAGCCUGACUCUCACUGACCCACCGCAGCCCGAGAGCCCUACCUCGCCCGCCGAUACUCCGGGCAGACUCCCGCUGCCGUCCGCCCACCGCCACCACGGCCGACAGGGAUUCCGCCUGGACGUCAAGGACGCCCUAACCCCGGACCCGACCAACGAGGAUCUGUUCGUCGUCCAGGACAACAAGUUCGCCUUCUCGCCUGGUCAGCUGUCCAAGCUGCUCAACCCGAAGAGCCUCGACGCCUUCUACGCUCUCGGCGGCUUGGCUGGACUGGAGAAGGGCCUGCGCACCAGCCGCAAUGCCGGCCUCAGCAACGACGAGACCACCCUUGACGGCGCCGUGGCUUUCGAGGACGUCGUCCCGCGGGGCACCCCCAAGUACGGCGCCCAUGGCGACACCGAGCCCCUGCUCAAGUCCGCCCGCCCCGCGACCCCUACGCCGGCUGCGCACCCCGCUGCAGGCCCGUUCGCUGACCGCCGGCGCGUCUUCGGCGCCAACCGGCUGCCCGAGAAGAAGAGCAAGUCAUUGCUGGAACUGGCCUGGAUUGCGUACAACGACAAGGUGCUGAUCCUGCUGACCGUUGCCGCCGUCGUGUCGCUCGCCCUCGGCUUGUACCAGACCUUUGGGGUACCGCAACCCGACGGCGAGCCGCGGGUCGAGUGGGUCGAAGGCGUCGCCAUCAUCAUCGCCAUCGUCAUCGUCGUGGCCAUCGGCACGCUCAACGACUACCAGAUGCAGCGCCAGUUCAACACCCUGAACAAGAAGGCCGGCGACCGCACCGUCAAGGUCGUCCGCUCCGGCAGGUCGGCCGAGAUCUCCGUCUUCGACGUCAUGGUCGGCGACGUCAUGCACCUCUUCACCGGCGAUGUCGUGCCGGCCGACGGCGUCUUCAUCUCGGGCCACGGCGUCAAGUGCGACGAGUCUUCGGCCACCGGCGAGUCGGACCUGCUAAAGAAGGUCGCCGCUGACGACGUGUUUGCCGUGCUGCAGCAGGUGGCCAGCGGAGCAACUCCGCCCGCCGACAUUGAGAAGCUCGAUCCGUUCAUCAUCUCGGGCAGCAAGGUACACGAGGGCACCGGCAUCUUCCUGGUCACUGCCGUGGGCGUCAACUCCAGCUAUGGCCGCAUCAUGAUGUCCAUGACCGACGAACAAGACGACACGCCGCUGCAGAAGAAACUGAACGUCCUGGCCGACUGGAUCGCCAAGUUUGGCGGCGGUGCCGGGCUCCUGCUCUUUCUCGUGCUCUUCAUCAAGUUCCUGGCGCAGCUGCCGAACAACCAUGACUCGCCCGGCCAAAAGGGGCAGGCCUUCCUGCGCCUGUUCAUCACCUCCGUCACCGUGAUCGUGGUGGCCGUACCCGAAGGCUUGCCCCUGGCAGUGACGCUGGCACUUGCCUUUGCGACCACGCGGAUGCUGAAGGAUAACAACCUGGUGCGGCAGCUGAUGGCCUGCGAGACCAUGGGCAAUGCCACCACCGUCUGCUCCGACAAGACCGGAACCCUGACUCAGAACAAGAUGACCGUGGUGGCUGCCACGCUGGGGAAGAGCCUGAGCUUCGGCGGAACCGAUGCGCCUGUGGACGAGUAUGCGGCUGGCGGGCCCCCUCCAGCCAUCAACAUCCCCAACGUGUCUCUCGGCGAUUUCGUCAGGGGCCUCUCUAUGACGACCAAACAGCUUGUCGUCCAGGCCAAUGCUGUCAACUCAACUGCGUUCGAGGGUGUCGUCGAUGGCGAGAAGACCUUCGUCGGAUCCAAGACCGAGGUCGCCCUGCUCACAUUUUGCAGUCAACACCUCGGCGCCAGACCGAUCCAGGAAGAGCGAGCCAACGCGGACGUCGUCCAGGUCGUGCCGUUUGACUCGAAAGUCAAGUUCUCAGCCACCGUCGUAAAGCUACCGAACGGAAAGUUCCGCGCCUACGUCAAGGGCGCCUCCGAGAUCCUGCUCUCCAGGUGCACCAAGGUCAUCGCCCACCCUGGCAAUGAUAGGCUGACGAUAACCGACAUGACCGAAAACGACCGCGCCAUGUUUUCGCACACCAUCACCUCCUACGCCGGCCAGACUCUCCGCACCAUCGGCUCCUCGUUCCGCGACUUCGAGUCGUGGCCGCCGGCGGAGCUGGCCGGCCAGCAGGAGCUGACGGCCGCCGAGUUCGACAAGAUCCACCGCGACAUGACGCUCCUCGCCAUCUUCGGCAUCAAAGACCCGCUGCGGCCGUCCGUCAAGGACGCCAUCAAGGACUGCCGCCGCGCCGGCGUCACCGUGCGCAUGGUCACGGGCGACAACAUCCUGACCGGCCGGGCGAUCGCGCGGGAGUGCGGCAUCUACGACCCGGCCAGCGGCGGCAUCGCCAUGGAGGGCCCCGAGUUCCGCCGCAAGAGCGAGCAGGAGCUGAAGGCGCUCGUCCCGAGGCUGCAGGUGCUGGCCCGGUCGAGUCCGGAGGACAAGCGGAUCCUGGUGCGGACGCUCAAGGAGCUGGGCGAGACGGUCGCCGUGACGGGCGACGGCACCAACGACGCGCCGGCGCUGAAGAUGGCGGAUAUCGGGUUCGCCAUGGGCAUUGCGGGCACUGAGGUUGCGAAGGAGGCCGCCUCCAUCAUCCUGAUGGAUGACAACUUUGCGUCCAUCGUCAAGGGCAUCGCCUGGGGCAGGGCGGUGAACGACUCGGUCAAGAAAUUCCUGCAGUUCCAACUGACCGUCAACCUCACCGCCGUCGUCCUGACCUUUGUGUCUGCCGUUGCCAGCGACGAGGAGCAAUCUGUUCUCAAUGCCGUGCAACUCCUCUGGGUGAACCUGAUCAUGGACACGUUCGCCGCGCUCGCGCUGGCCACGGACCCGCCCGCGCCCUCGGUCCUCGACCGCCAGCCCGACAAGAAGACGGCGUCCCUCAUCACCACCCGCAUGGGCAAGAUGAUCGUCGGCCAGGCUCUCUGCCAGCUGGCCAUCACGCUCCUGCUCAACUUCGCCGGCGCCCGGCUCCUCGGCUAUGACACGUCCGACGCCGCGCAGGCAACCCACCUUCGCACCCUCGUCUUCAACACGUUCGUCUGGCUGCAGAUCUUCAACGAAGUGAACAACCGCCGUCUAGACAACAACCUCAACAUCCUCGAGGGCGCGACCCGCAACCCCUUCUUCCUGGCCAUCACGCUGACCAUCGUGGGCGGCCAAAUCCUCAUCAUCUUCCUCGGCGGCGCCGCCUUCCAGAUCACCCCGCUGUCCGCCCGCGAGUGGGGCCUCUCCGUCGGCCUCGGCGCCCUCUCCCUGCCCUGGGGCGCGCUGAUCCGCCUGUUCCCCGACGCCUGGGCCGACGCCGCGGUCCGCGGCCUGGCGGCGCUCUGGCCGUUUGGGCGUCCCGCCGCCGGGGACGGGUCGUUUGCUGCGCCGGCCGAUGAUGCGCCGCCCCCGCCUCCGCCGCUGCGCACGCUGACGGGCCUGCGCGGCAAGCGCGCUGCCACGCAUAUUCGGCGCGGGUUUCGCGAGUAUAUUCAUGAUCAGAAGGAGCGGGUCAUGGUGAAGGCGUUUGGGGGAAGCAGGACGGAUGUGUCGGCCUGA